UAAUAUUAAUAGACUCCCAUCAUAUUUUGGUCUCUUCACAAAAUGAACUUCAAACACUAGACUAGACUAGACUUGUUUCCACAAAUUCCUUUCACCCAUUUUCCAAGAAGUUCAAGGCUAAUGGCUUCUGGGAAUAUCUCCCGGACCAAUGGAGGGAGAUCCAAAUGUUAUUCAACAGUUACUAUCCUGACUUUGCUUGGGUUCUGUAUGAUUGGGAUUUGGAUGUUGAUGUCAUCGUAUACUAUUCCUGUUCAGGACAUGGAGUUUUCUUCUUUAGAUACAGUGAAUGAGGUCAAAUUGAAAGGAACCAAGAGUAUUAAGGGCAGAUUUGCACUUAGUUUAGAUGAUUCACAAACGGACGGGGAGACUGAGAACAAUUCUGAUGCUGAGUCCAGUUCAAACACCAAUGGUGAAGAUACGAGUUCAAAUGAUGAAGAAUCAAGUCAUGUGAGUGGGGAUUUGGAUAAUGAAGUCGAAAAGUCAAAUUCUGAUGGCUUUGAUCAAGCACAAGAAAGUAUAAACGAGUCUGAAGACAACAGUGGAGAGGAUACAGUUAAUUCUGAGCACACAGAGGGCAGUGAAGAAAAUUCAAAGCAAGAGGAUGAAGAUAAUGUUGAGACUAAGCAAGAUGAAGGUUCAGAUGAUAAGUCUGGAAGUGACAAGGAAGAUAACCUUGUAAUCAACCAGAAUGGAGAUGAAGUUUUUCCAUCAGGAGAUCAGUCUGAGAUUUUGAAGGAAACUACUAUUCAGAAUGGCCCUUGGUCAACUCAAGCUGCUGAAUCUGAAAAAGAGAAGGAAUCACAAGAAUCUGUACUGUCGAUGGGUAAUAAUGGCCAUAAGUGGAGGCUGUGUAAUACCAGUGCUGGACCGGAUUAUAUUCCUUGCUUAGAUAAUUUACAAGCCAUACGCAAGCUUCCAACUACAAUGCACUAUGAACAUCGUGAGAGGCACUGUCCAGAAGAAGCUCCAUCAUGUCUUGUUCCACUGCCCGAAGGAUACAAGCAGCCCAUCAAAUGGCCUAAGAGCAGGGAACAGAUAUGGUACUCUAAUGUACCUCACGCCAAGCUUGCCAAGGUCAAAGGGCAUCAAAAUUGGGUCAAAGUUACUGGUGAAUAUCUUACUUUUCCAGGUGGUGGUACUCAGUUCAAGAAUGGAGCUCUCCACUAUAUUGAUUUUGUCCAAAAUUCUCUUCCUAAAAUUGCAUGGGGAAAAAGAACUCGUGUAAUAUUGGAUGUUGGCUGUGGAGUGGCGAGUUUUGGAGGAUACCUUUUUGAGAGAGAUGUACUUGCAAUAUCCCUUGCUCCAAAGGAUGAGCACGAGGCACAAGUGCAGUUUGCCCUAGAAAGGGGUAUUCCCGCUAUAUCAGCUGUUAUGGGUACAAAAAGACUACCCUUCCCCAGCAAGGUGUUCGAUGUUGUCCAUUGUGCACGCUGUAGAGUUCCAUGGCAUAUCGAAGGUGGUAAGCUUCUGUUAGAAUUGAAUCGUGUCUUGCGGCCCGGUGGGUACUUUGUAUGGUCUGCAACUCCAGUAUAUCGUAACGACCCUGAAAACGCUGGCAUUUGGAAAGCUAUGUCUGAGCUGACAAAGUCAAUGUGCUGGGAGCUAGUGGUAAUAAAGCAAGACAAGUUGAAUGAAGUAGGUGCUGCGAUCUUUAGAAAGCCAACUUCGAAUGAUUGCUAUGAUGGAAGAGCAGAAAAUGAGCCACCGAUCUGCAAAGAGGCUGAUGAUCCCGAUGCUGCCUGGAAUGUGAAGCUCCAGGCAUGUAUGCACAAAAUUCCAACAGGAGGUUCAAAACGUGGAUCACGGUGGCCUGAGGUAUGGCCAAAGAGGUUGGAGAAACCACCUUAUUGGUUAAAAAGUUCCGAACAAGGAGUUUAUGGUAAAUCAGCUCCCGAAGAUUUCACUGCUGACUAUGAUCAUUGGAAAAACGUUGUGUCGAGGUCAUAUCUGAAAGGUUUUGAUAUUGACUGGUCGUCAGUGAGGAAUGUCAUGGACAUGAAAGCUGUGUAUGGAGGAUUUGCUGCAGCACUCAAAGACUUGAAAAUCUGGGUUAUGAACAUAGUUCCAAUCCAUUCACCCGACACACUUCCCGUAAUAUUCGAGCGUGGUUUGUUCGGGAUGUAUCACGACUGGUGUGAAUCUUUCAGCACAUACCCUAGAACAUACGAUCUUCUCCACGCUGAUCAUCUUUUCUCCGAGAUGAAGGAAAGGUGCAGCCUUGAGGGCGUUAUUGCUGAAGUGGACCGGAUUCUGAGGCCGAAAGGGAAACUGAUCGUCCGGGACAAUUCUGAAAUGAUACUUGAACUGGAGAAAAUGGCUCGAUCGCUACACUGGAAAGUGAAAUUUACUUUCUCAAAGGAUGACGAAGGAUUGCUUUGUGUAGAGAAGACGCAAUGGCGCCCAACACAGACAGAGACUAUAAUGUCGGCUAUUGCAUAGUUAGUAGUUACACUGCUUGUUGAUUGCCAACAAAGGCUAAUCAUCUUCAAGUUAGGUAUACUGCAUUUCCACUUCAUAAUUAUUGAGGAUGCAUGUUUAGUAGAUUCACACUUACACAUGAUAAAUUAUUAUUAUUAUUAUUAUUAUUAUUAUUAUUAUUAUUAUUAUUAUUUCAUGGGUAUAAUUGUUUCCAGUUUAGAGAAUGUUUUAUGUUCAUUUUGCACGCUGUAGCCUUAAUCUGUUGGAGUUGCUUUUGAAGUAUAAAUAUGAAUGGAAGAAGGCAGUAAUGCCUUGAUUGCUAA